AAACGCAGCUGCUCGUUAGCUUGUGAGCUGAAACUUGCGGGGCUCUAAAGGCUGAAGUGUGGCGGGCUGAAGGGACUCGCUGUUUGGACACUAGGCGGACCAGAACCGCAGGACUCAUGCGCCGUCCCUCCGGGCUUUGACAGCCCUGCGGCGGGACUCGGAGGGGUCAGACUGACAACUUUGUGCCCAGCUGGUGCUUGUGGAGCAACAGGUAACGGUCUAAAUCCCUCCCGGAGGAGCGAGAGCGCUGCGGAGAGUCUGAGCUGAUCAAUGCCGAAGGCCUGGAACUGAUCAGAUCCGUUUAACAGGUGGCAGGUAGGAAUCUUUUGACACCUCGGACGGGAUCAUUGGGGUCUGAUCCACAGCGUGGGACUCGUGGCUGCACUGGGACUCGGCGGAGAACAUCAGCCCCUCUGGUGUGGAUUGCUUUAGGGUCGACGCUGAUGUUGAUCUGAGGAGAGCCAAAACAAAAAGUCUCCACCUCCUGUGGAUUUAGGAAUGAUGCACUAUUGUUAAACCGCAACUUUUUAUUUGCCAACAAUGAAAUUGGAGCAUUGAACUUCAGCUGGAUUGGACUCUACAUCCAUGUUGAUGAUGAAAAUCUUGUGUCGGUGAGAUCAUUUGUUGCUGCGAUGGCCGCCGUCAACUCUCCAGAGAAGCACCAGCCACUCCUGCAGCUCCAAGAGGUGGACUCCAGUCGAGUCGGCAGUCGCAUCCUGUCCCCGGUCCUCAGCUCCUCCCCAGGUGCGACCCACGAAUCCAGCCAGCCCAUCUGCAUCCCGUCUCCUUACACCGACCUCGGCCACGACUUCACCCCCAUUCCUUUCUACAGCCCAAGCAUCUUCAGCUACGCCGGUCCCAGCAUUUCAGAGCGUCCCUCCGUCCAUCAGUCGCUGAGCGCUUCUUUAUUCUGGCCCAGCCACGGACACGUGGGGACGUCAUUACCCCUGCACCGCUCCCAGACUCGAACCCAUCAUGGCCCGCCAGUCCAGAGUCCCUGGGACAGCGUUUUAAUAAGCAGUAAGAGUGCCAGGAAGAUCUCUCAAGAGAACGAGGAGGCGGUGGUGUCGUCAGGCGGGAAGGCCGACCUCCACUACUGCGCCGUGUGUCACGACUAUGCCUCGGGGUACCACUAUGGCGUGUGGUCAUGCGAGGGAUGUAAGGCCUUCUUCAAGAGGAGCAUCCAAGGACACAACGACUACAUCUGCCCGGCAACCAAUCAAUGCACGAUAGACAAAAACCGCCGCAAGAGCUGCCAGGCGUGCCGCCUUCGCAAGUGCUAUGAAGUCGGCAUGACCAAAUGUGGUAUUCGUAAAGAGCGUGGGAGCUACAGGAACACGGUGGUGAAGCGAGUGACCCGUCUGUCCUCUCAGGGCAGAGUCGGCAGACCUAAGGUGUUAACCGGACCAGCAGAGAGUCCUGUAACUGAACCGUUACCGCCUGCGUUGACCCCAGAGCAGCUGAUUGAGCGGAUCAUGGAGGCGGAGCCACCGGUGAUCUACCUCAUGAAGGACAUGAAGAGGCCGCUGACGGAGGCAGAUGUGAUGAUGUCGCUCACCAACUUGGCUGACAAGGAGCUGGUUCACAUGAUCAGCUGGGCCAAAAAGAUUCCAGGGUUUGUGGAUCUCUGUCUCCUGGAUCAGGUGCAUCUGCUGGAGUGCUGCUGGUUGGAGGUGCUGAUGAUAGGCCUGAUGUGGCGUUCCGUAGACCAUCCAGGGAAACUCAUCUUCUCUCCUGACCUCAGCCUGAGCAGAGAGGAGGGCAGCUGUGUCCAGGGCUUCGCUGAGAUCUUCGACAUGCUGAUCGCUGCCACGUCCCGAGUGAGAGAGCUCAAGCUGAAGAGGGAGGAGUACGUCUGCCUCAAGGCCAUGAUCCUCCUCAACUCCAACAUGUGCCUCAGCUCCUCGGAGGGCAGCGACGAGCUCCAGAGUCGCUCCAAGCUGCUGCGUCUCCUGGACUCGGUGACGGACGCCCUGGUGUGGGCCAUCGCCAAAAGCGGCCUGACCUUCCGCCAGCAGUACACCCGCCUCGCCCAUCUGCUCAUGCUGCUCUCACACAUCCGCCAUGUCAGCAACAAGGGCAUGGACCACCUGCACUGCAUGAAGAUGAAGAACAUGGUGCCUUUGUACGACCUGCUGCUGGAGAUGCUGGACGCCCACAUCGUGCACAGCUCUCGCCUGCCUCGCCGGCCGUCCCAGCAGGAGCCCUCGGACCAGUCCGCCUCGUCCCACAGCCCCGCCAGCGGACCGUCCAACACCUGGACUCCCAGCAGCGCCGGAGGUGAAGCCCAGUAUUCAGAUUAGAACUUUUUAAUGACGAGGUGCUUUCUAGGAACAAUCUGCAAAUACUGAGGGCUGUUUUCUCCGGCAGAUUACUGGUGAAUCUUUAACACACUGUGCACUAUUUCCGGUGAGUCCUCGACGUUUAAACCAAACCUGUAGGAUUUUUAGUCGUUUUCCACCACGUAACAGAACCCAGAGUGGAACAUCCAGUAUCGUGUCAGUCUCAACCAGAAGAUCGUUUUUUCAGUCAUAACAAGCUUGGCUUUAGCAUUUAGCGUAUAUUUACUCUUUUCUAUAUUUCUUCAUAAUCACCUCCUACAAGUCCUUUACUGCAGCUCCGCGUCCUUUCAGUGGACUAGGAGUUAGUGUGUAGUGUCCACCAUUAAACAAGUCUAAGGCCCAAUCCCAACACUCACACUAACUCACGUGCACGUUCCCAGCCAGGGGUGCCCCGAGUUCGAAUGUUCAUCACGCCCCUUUUGCACCCUUGAUCCGCACUUGAAAGGUAUUACCCACAAUCCAUUGCUGCUGGAGAAAAGGCUCUAGUGUCUUUUCUGAAAACGUGUCGUUUCUAACGAAAGUCCGAUGAGUUGAUGCUCUGAAUGUUUUAGACAAAGCAGCAAUUAAUGUAAAUUUAUUUGAAAUAAUUGUUUGAAAGUUGUUAAUAAAGCUUUUUUUUUUAAAGAUGUAGCACAGCGACCAGCAUCCUGCCCCAAUUCGCCAAUUAUUUGCACACUUGUGCACCACGCACUCGAAGCCUUACUGAGCACUUCCUCCAAGUGCGAGUGUUGAGAGUGGGCCGUAGUCUCUGGGCGAUGCCUACAGGAGCCCGUGAGGACAAAAGACAUUUGCCGAUUUGUAACAAGCAGUUAAAACCUUUUGCCAUUCCUAAAUGUUGUUUUACACGUUUACCUCUGAACGAGUUGACUGCAGUCCCAGGGGGUUUUUGACCCUAAGGGAGGAUAUGUACUGCCCCCUGUCGCCAGGGGAAAUGCACAUUGUCACAUUAAUCCUCACGUAAAUAUCUUUAUGGCUUCAGAGGAUAGCAGCCAUUGAGGAUUAGAGGGGCUACCGUCCAGCGUGUUUGCUGGAAGCAACUAAAACAUGCUCAAUAAGGGCGCUCGAGGACACAGAGGUGCCUUUAAUUUAUGCAGAAAUACAGAAAAACUUGAUUUUUACUUGUAGCUUACGAGCAGAUGAAACAGACCUGAGCCGUUUUCAUCACAAGCAGCACUUUUGGUGUCGAGGUGGCGCUCCUUUCAGCGCAGCACAAAUGUUUCUUUGUUGCUUCACUUCUCCUUUACAACACCUGGGCUUGUUUGCGUUGCACCUUUCCUGUAUCACUGUGUAAAAUGAUGGUGAACUGGUGACAACUUUUAGUAAUAAAUGUUUAAACCUCUGAAAAA